GGUUACGCCAUGAUCCUCUGGUUCCUGUACAUCUUCGUGCUGGAGAUCAAGCUCUACUUUGUCUUCCAGAAUUGCAAGGCCGACAGGAAGAGUCUGGAGACGGUGGCGCGGAAAGCGUUGACGUUACUUUUGUCGGUGUGCGUGCCGGGUUUGUACUUGGUUCUGGUGGCGCUGGACAGCAUGGAAUACGUCAGGACUUUCCGCAAGAAGGAGGACAUGCGAAGCCGUUUGUUCUGGGUGGCGCUGGACUUACUGGAUCUUCUGGACAUCCAAGCGAAUCUGUGGGAGCCCCAACGCACGGGCCUCCCCAUCUGGGCCGAGGGCUUGAUGUUCUUCUACUGCUACAUUUUGCUCCUCAUCCUGCCCUGCGUGUCGCUCAGCGAGAUCAGCAUGCAGGGCGAGCACAUGACCCCCCAGAAGAUGAUGCUCUACCCGGUCCUAAGCCUGGUCACCAUCAACGUGGUCACCAUCCUGAUCCGAGGCGUCAACAUGGUGCUGUUUCAGGACAGCCGCGUGUCCACCAUCUUUGUGGGCAAGAACGUGGUGGCCAUCGCCACCAAGGCGUCCACCUUCCUGGAGUACCGCAGGCAGGUCAAGGAGUUCCCGCAUCCGCAGAACGCCAUGGCCAUGGAACUGCAGCAGAACUCGGUGGGCCACACGCAGACGCUCCCCAACGCCACCGCUUUGCCGCACGAACCCACGCCGGCGCAGGACGUCAUUGACACAUGACCGCCAGCAUCUCGCCGCUGGAAUGCGCACCAAACGGCGUCAUGGAAUUUCCACGUGAAAUCGGACAACAACACGGUACCUUGGUUUUCGAGUGAGUUUUUCCAGUUCGUCAAGAACGAAAAAUUUAUUUACAGGCUUCGCGUCUUGGAAGAAAUGAUCCUCCGAAGCCAGGGUACUACUGUAUUGUGUUUAAAAGUUCAGACUGUGCUGAGAGACUCCAAACCCAGCAGCCGGGGAAAUUUAUGUCGUGUAAAAAUUGGUCCUCUCUCUGUAAGUGUCUUUUUUUUUCUUUUUUUUUUCUUUUUUUAAAAGGUCACCAGUACCAGCACCAAAC